CGGCACCCAGGGCCUGGGGCAAAUUGCCCCACUUGUCGCCCCUCCCCCAGCAGCCCUGCGCCUUUCAGACAGCUCAGUUGAAGUCAGAUGGUUCUGCUCUGAGCCCCCUUCUAAAGAAAUUAGACCAAUUAUUUCAGGGCAUGGCAGCAAUGCAUUGUUUACGUGUUGCCUGCAGUUAGGGAAAGACUCCGUGGUCUAAACCCCACACGGAGUCCCAAUCUGCCUUCACAUUGGCUGCACGGUGUUCCCAGUGAAGCUCAAUGGCGCACGGAUCACAAUAUUCCCUCCUGACAAACUAGCCCAUUUCCCCUCCAUCGGGAUCAUCAUAGGGUUGAAAAGGUGUGGGGUGAAUCCACUCAGUGAGCCCUAUGGAAAAUGAGAUUUACAACCUGGAAACUGUAGCAAUUGUGGGGGCCGGAGUCCAAUGGAGAUUUACCUUCUUUCCAAGCGCACCUUCCUGCGGUGGAAACUAAGAUGGUACACGCAGGAUUCUCAUGGGAGUUUCUUUCCGAGAUCCGAAACUAUCCUAAGCAGUCGGCAACCUGCCCCCACGUGGAUGCCCUGGCCCCCCUGUGGGGUGGGGGGCAUGUCCCUGAGUUUCUAGUGCUCUGUGAGCCGAGCCGCCAGCAGAAAGUCCGCGCAUGCUCUAGGAACACUGACCAGUGUGUCUUUCACUUGGAGGUUUAUGUCACCGAUAAACCAGGUAGCGUGAGCUUGUGACUUUCACAUCAAGCCAGGGUGAGGAAAGCGCUUUUGCGUUAUUAAUAGGACGGGUAAAGUAGGGUGGUUAGCUCAACCAAUCCCAGGAGUCCUCUCCUUUUUUCAACGCCGAAGCCCAUGGUUUUGCGACAAACAACCGUUUAUUUAGCGGGACUGGAUCAAAAACGGGGGGUUAUUUAAGACCUGAGUUUCUUCCGCAGUUUCUAGAUCAGAUAUCUGUGAGAAACAGGGUAACGGUGUGAACAGAGAAUGAGGGUUUCACGGACCAACCCGACCCGAGUAGCUUUCUCUUUGACUAGAUCUAUCGAUAUCUAGACACAUAGAUAUUUAACCGCAGACUGUCACUAGGCAAUUUACCGGCCAUCAGUCCAGCUUGAUUGUUGGUGACACGAAAUUAAUGGUAUAAAAAUGUUUUCACUUUUUCUUCGGAGAAAUUUCUAACACCAGACUUCAGUUUGCACUGGGCAGAAUCCAGGUCCUAAAGUGUUGUGGCUUAGAAACCAUCACACACAGCAGGCUUGAUUUCCAUAUCAAAAGUAGAUCGGGGAGGGUUUGGAAGCAGAAAGCUCAAGCCAUCGGACAUGAAGAAAUGCCUGCUUCUAGAGUGCUCUGCGACUCCACAAUAGUGACUUUAUGCAAGAAAGCCAGUAAAUUAUUAAUAUCCUGCACAGCUAUGGAAAAACCUCCAGUUGUCUGCUUCAAAGAAAUUAUGCGGUGUGAGAAUCUCUAUUAGUAACAAUACGAACAAUUUGCAAGAACAUAUGUCCCCACGUGAAUCAAUCAACCGAUCUGGACUGUUUAACUAAUAUUUCAGAGACGGGUUUUUAAAACAGAGUUUCCGUAUGUUUAAUUUUUUAGCUGUACAAAGAAUUCUUCUAUAGUUUUUUAUAACCUUGUGAAUGGAUUAUCUCCAAGCUACGAUACAUUACGUUUGCUGGGAAGGUUUAUACAAUACAGUGAUUGAUAUAUAUUGCCAAAAAUCAAAACUGGUAGGAACAGACAGAAAGACAUACAGAAAGAAAGGAUAUUCUGCCUCGCUCUACUUCUAAAGGGUCAAGUGGAACAAACACCCCAUUGGAACUCUCUGAAAAACGAUCGAAUUCUGUAUUAGACAUAAAAAUAAUGCCUCUCAAAGCCUCUUCUGAUUUAUUCUUGAUUAUGCAUUUAAAAUACACUUCUUUCCACCGUUUCUCUUGUGAAGUGCGUGGGAGGCAAAACAUGGUCCUGUUUUAUUGACUGAUUGAUUUAUUUAUUUGUAAAGAAUAAGAACGCCUCUCCUUCUCUUAGAAUAGCGCUGCCUUCUCAGCAAAGUCUAGUUUCCUUUCCUGGCAGAGUUAAUCCUAAUUAAAAAUAAAUUACAUGCUGUAUAGAACUUGAAAUGGAAAAGAUAAUCCUAUUACAUAUGAGAAUAUAUCCUGCUUCUCUUUCCCUCUAAACUGUGGGAGAUAUCAGAUCAAGCUGAGCCACCCAUUGUAAACUCUUUGAAAACUUUCCUAUAGAUCUAAUCCAUCACGUGACGGCCAUGUCAAUCUUGCUGUCUGCACGCGAGUUUCACAAUGCUGGUAUUAGGCAGAGUCAGAGAAAUCCAGCUUUUCUGAGCCCACCACAUUUGCAUUCCGAGAAAAUGCCAACCAUUGUGGCCAUGUUUGUUCUCAUGAUCGCGAGACAGUUGUCUGCUAAAUUGCUAAGAUAAAGAGAAAGGGACUCCUUUGAGACAGCCAAAGCCUUUUGGUAUGAUAACAAGGCGAUUUGGGGCGCUUUUGUUGGACCAGAUCAGCGCUGCGCGGAUUUUUUUUCCCCCCGCUCUCGGUGAGGAUUUGAGGGAGGCGCUGAUGCGCUGUUUUAAAUCCCAUUUCCAUAAUCUGGCUGCUGCCCGCCAGGCUGGAGAAUGCUGGCAAUCCGCAGGCACCCGAGCUCACUUCACUCGCGUGCCAUCACACCACUCGGGGUAAUUACUCUUAACACAGCUCCUCGGCAGUAAUUAGGAAGCUGGGCUUUGGGACGCUUGGCACGCCCUGCUGCUGAAAGGCAGCAAAGCGCCUUCCUCGCAUUAUACCAACUCGUUUUAGAUCUGUCGGUUCGCCACAGCUUUGAGUCAGGUGCCUGAAUGAUCCGUGCCGUAGUGAUUUCUUUGGUAGUUUGUGCCACUAAGAAUUAGGACUACCGCAGCUACGACCAGAUAUGAGACUAAAGCAAAUGUCAUUCACUGGCCAAGCACACCCCGAUUUCCGGAUCAAUGUGAUUGUCAGAUGUGGGGCCAAAUUACCCUCUCAUUUACACCUCCGAAGCCCUAUUGAUUUCAAAGAAGUUACUCCGGAUUUACACCAGAUAUAUCUGAAGCUGCCCAGUAAUUAUACCGGAUUGGUAACUGUGUAAUUGAAAUCAGAAUCCGGACUAGCGGGAACAGAUUUUGGACCAUUGUCUUCAAUUCCCUUAAAAAUAAACCAACUUUGUUCAAUUUCCCUCUGGUCUUUUUUGCUCCAGUGAGGUCCUUUGUGUCCUCGGCUGAGGUUAUGCAAAGGCUGUGAACACUGAGAAGUCGGUAGUAUUAAAGCAAACUGGUAAUUUAACUUGGCGAUCAGAUCUGGAUGUCAGGAGAGGGCCUUUGUGGCUCACAUGGAGCCCGAUCCAACUUCCCUUGAAAUCAAUGGGAGUCUUUCCAUUGACUUCAGGGGGGAUCCGAUCGGGCCCAGGGCGUGGCUCAUGCGCACAGCUGGAACAAAUGGACAGAUGUUUCUAUUCACUGUAAAGUACUAAUACAAGUCAGCUUUGGCUGCAUUAGUAACCAGCCCUUAAAAGCUCAUAGGAUGCCUGUUGUGACUAGGGCUGUAUACAGAUGUACAUAUAAGUACUGGCCAGUGACAAGUUCGUUGUCCUGCAGGGGUCCCAUUAAGGCAUGAUCAGCCCCAAGGAGGAAGCCUCUGGUGACAGAGGGAUUAGGGAGGACUCCAGCUACUAGAAUCGGACAUUCUAGUCAGACGGGCGGAGGGGAUCGAUAUGUGUGGAACGUGGGCAAAGGGGGAGAACUAUUGCAAUCCGCGUGAGGGGAAGGUUACUAGCGAGGAUGUCACGAGACCAAUGUGCUGUUGAGGUAGAUGCUUUGUAUUUCCUAUACACAAUGCCUGCUGCAGCUGCUACGGCAAUUGCUCUUUUUCAUCCCUGAAAUACACAGCGAAGGGAUACAAAUAAAGGGGAAGAGCACCAGGAGGCAGAGCGCUUCUGGGCAGCAUUAACUCAUGCCGCCUUGGGUCUGUAGACGUCUUUACAUUUAUAGAUAUACUCUGGUAAGGGCUCUCUUUCUUGCACAUUGUAGAAAGCUUGGCGCUUGCCUCUCCCCCAAUCUUGCAGCCUGAUUCUGCUUUUUCCUACUAGCAUGGUAACCGCUUGAAGUGCUCAACCGAGCGGAUACUUUUUAUACAAAGUUUACAGAUCAAAACAGCACUCGGUUCAAUUUAAAGUGCAUAGUGUCUUUUUCUUUCCUCAUCGCGCUACACAAAAUCACGAUGUACCAAUUGCAAUGUGUAUUUCUGUUUCAGAAUGUGACCUAAAACGUGGAAUCCAUUUAGGGGUCGGUCCCUCAGGAGAGACUAUUGAUACAAUAUUCUCUCUUCUCCCACUGACUUUAUUUGAAUGGUCUCUUUCACCAGGACCGUACCUGAUAUCAGGUACGCAUUCUCUUUGCCCGCUAUUCCCCCACAGUGCUUAGACCUAACAUGAAGCUGGGGGGUGAUGGGGGGACCCAAUGAAUGCACGUUGCAUGCGCUGUCUCAGUAUCCCCUCGGACUGCAGGACUAGUAAAACUUGGUGACUCGCUGCUAUGUCUUCAUACUUAUCUAGGCAGAUGGUUUAGUUCCCCAAGGUUCGUGCCAGGUUUCAACCUCAUGCUGUUAUUUUGUUCUUCUGGAACGAGACUAGUGUUGCUUCCCAGAGAGGCCCUAUUAGGACAAAAAGAAAAUCCUCUAAAUAGGCGUAACAGGGCAUCAGGAGGGAUAGAUCUUAAAUGUAUUUUAAUAUGAGCUGGGCAUUGUGUGUAAUUCAGCGCCCAUCAUCGUUUAGUCAAAGAGUUAUGGCAGUGAUUGGGAAUGAAUAGAGGGACAUAAUGGAUACAUGUGGCGUUUGCUCAUUAUAUUCAACUUAGCCCAACUCCUCUGUGGAAACUGUUCAACUUUCUUUCCCUUUAGCUUGUCAUAGUGAAAUAAUACAGACAUUGGUGCCUCAAAUGGGAUAGCCUGCCAUGCUAUUAUAUUGCUACAGCUAACGAGAGCUUCAUAAGCCUUUGAUACAGUCUGAUCUUUGAAACCUUUCCAAAUCUCCUCAAGCUUAUGCUAAAUCCUAUUUGGAACUUUUUUUUUUUUUGCCUGCUAGUGCCCAAGGCUUAAGAAAGCCACUUGGGCAGUGACAUGCAUACUAAAGCACGCUAGGAAUAUCUUCUGGAAGGCAAAUUACAGGUCUGAUCACAGGAUCUCACGCGAGUAAAGCACAAUUAUGUGGACAAAUUUGAAUAAAAUCAAUUCUCAGUUAAUCCUUCAAUCUCGUUUAGGGGCUUGCUAUGAUUAUCAAUACAGAAAUCAACGGAAAGAAAAUCAACCCCCGCUAUAUAUGCAUUGUGCAACACUUUAUUAAUCGAUAAUCAUAGGCAGACGCAUAAUAAAUACACAUUCACGCACACACAGCCCAAGCAAGCUAUUUCUCUGCGUUUUUAAGUGACUAGCUCAGAAGAGCAGAUAUUUGCACACUAGGCACCUGUUCAACAGCAGGGUGCUGUAGUGGUACAAUUAACAAAACACUCCGCGCAUUUUACUCCACGCUCCCUGUGCCAACUCAUUUGCAGCUCGCCUUCAAAAAAAAGAGUUAAAGAAAACAAAGAAGCGAUUCCCUAAUUUUCCUUUCUUGUUUUCCUCUCUAAGCCUUUUCCACAUUAAAGGGAUUUUCUGGGAGGCUUUCAGGAGAGCAGUGUGAAAAGAGUGCCUGCCAUUGGCUGCUCGGCUCUGUAAAAUUUGCAUAUCCGCGUCUAUUAAAGGCCCCCAGGAGACGCAGUCCGGUUUAGAAGCUGGAUAAACUGAGCCUGGCGCACCGGCAUCGCUGGCACCUCUCGGGUUAGGGCAACUAUAAGCAAUCAGCUCAUUUGCCUUGCAGAGCAGAACAUGCAUGAUCUGCACCUGGGAGCAGGAGAGUUACCCUCCCAUCUCCUCCUGCUUUAGGGGCAGACUCACUUCCCUAACAGCUGGACAACCGUUUCUCCGCAUCUUCAGCCCCGUUCAGGUUAGCAAUUCAUUGCAGGUGACAUGGGUCUUGAUAGGGACAGGCGCAGCCUCGCCUCUCCGCCGCGCCUCGUCUACCUCUGCUGCCUGCUCUCGGUCACCUUCUGCAAGACGGUGAGAUACCGCACUUACGAGGAGGACGCGCCGGGCACGGUCAUCGGCACUUUGGCAGAAGAGAUGCACGUGAAAGCGCCCGGAGAGAUAAGUUUCCGCCUGAUGGAGCAGUUCAGCAACAGCUCGCUGGUCCGGGUGCGGGAGGGGGACGGGCAGCUGAGCAUCGGCGAGGAAGGGAUCGACCGGGAGCGGCUGUGCGGCCAGUCCCUCCAGUGCGUCCUGGCUUUCGACGUGGUGAGCUUGUGGCAGGAGCAGUACCGGCUGGUGCACGUGGAGCUGGAGGUGCGGGACCAGAAUGACAACGCCCCGGUCAUCACCCACCCCGUGCUCAUCAACGGCUCCAUGGAGAUUGGGGUCUCCAGCAAGGCACCCCCCGAUUCCCUGGUGGCUCAGAUCAAAGCCAGAGACGCGGACGAUGGGGUCAAUGCGGAGCUCACCUUCUCCUUCGUGGAGGAGCCGCAGCAGCAGCCAGAGCUCUUCGCCAUCAACAAGAAGACAGGUGAGAUCGUGCUCAGGGGGGACCUGUCUGAAGAGCUGGGACAGGUGUUCAAAGUCAUCCUCAGCGUGACUGACAAUGGCAGGCCCCCCCUUGUCACCACAGCCACAAUCAACUUCCUGGUGACUGCCACGGCACCCUCCAGCAGCCAUGAGGUGGCCAAGCCAAGCUCCUGGGAGGAGAAGGCUUUGGAGUGGGACAUUCCCCUGAUUGUCAUCAUCAUCCUAGCUGGGAGCUGCACCCUGCUGCUGGUGGCCAUCAUCACCAUUGCAACCACCUGCAACAAGCGCAAGAAGGAGACCGAGAUCAAGAACAACGGGCCCCUAACGGAGCGGAUCGACAUCUCCCACCUAGAGAAGGGGAUGCAGGAGGAUAGCAGCCCCAGAGGGAAUGCGUUUGAAGCGCGAUCCUUUCCCAGCAAAGCUUCUUUCACCAACCUAGCCCCUUCUCCACCUGCUGAAGAAGUCUCCUCUUCUGAGACCAGCACUGUGAAUGCCUGUCUGUACGAGGGUCAGAAACGACUUAGGGCAACUAACGGGGAGCCCUAUGCCUCUUCUCCUAAUUAUAGCAAAGAAUCCACCCCACCUGUGGCCAUCUGGAAAGGUCAUUCUUUCAAUACCAUAUCGGCCCGAGAAGCGGAAAAGUUCAGUGGCAAAGACAGUGGCAAAGGCGACAGCGACUUUAAUGACAGUGACUCUGACAUCAGCGGGGAUGCCCUGAAGAAGGAUCUCAUCACUCACAUGCAGAAUGGAUUAUGGGCUUGUACUGCUGAAUGUAAAAUCCUGGGCCAUUCGGACCGCUGCUGGAGCCCAUCCUGUGGCCGAUCCAACCCUCACUCAUCUCCUCAUCCCUCAGCUCAGCUAUCCACCUUCUGCAAAAGCACCUCCUUGCCCAGGGACCCCCUUCGCAGGGACAACUACUACCAGGCCCAGCUGCCCAAGACAGUGGGUCUGCAGAGUGUCUACGAGAAAGUGUUACACAGAGACUUUGACAGGACAAUCACAUUGCUGUCCCCUCCUCGCUCUGGGAGGCUUCCAGAACUUCAGGAGAUGGGGGUGCCCCUAUACCAAGCCCCCUCGACUAGAUACCUAGCCCCCCAGACUGACACUAGCGAGAAGGUUUAAUGCUGCACGCUCCCCAUCCAAGCACACACAUACACAAACACUUCUAGGUCACUCUCAAGAGCCCUUAAGUUAUUGACCAGAUUCAGUGUUGUACAUAUAAAUAUGCAAGACGUGCCUUAAAAAUGAAGUUGUUGGGAAAGAUUUCCAAUCACAUUGAUACUGUUUGGUAUUUGCAAACAAAAACUGUAUGUAGUUAAUGUAAUUUUUAUGAAAUGUGCAGUAUUUAAUUUUUCCCCUACCCUGUUCUUUUGCUUUUAGUUCACGUAUGGCCUGCUAUUUUUGUAGUGUUUUUAACCUGUAUAUUGUGUAAUGUAAUGUUUGUAUAUAAGGAAAAUUCGUUAUAUUUUUAUAUAAUAAAAGCUAAACAAAUUGAAAUUAUUGCCAAAGGAAUUGUCUGAAAGACACAAAAUAAUAAUAUCCUGAAUUACUUAGAAUCAAAUAAGGGAAAUUCCUCCUUCACAGUGUAAUAAUAACCUAAGCAACCCAGUGUAUUGAGAAGUUUGCCUUGCCAACUGUGACCUGUAUUUCUUGAGUCUGUGGUCAAUUUCAAGUUAAAUGUUAUUUAAUUCCAUUUGGUUUCUGUAAUCUGUGUCACCAAUAAACUCACUAAUAAAGGUUUUGUGAUGUG